UGGCCUCACACGCUUCACUCUCCUGGCUCGCGUUGAGUUUGAAGGACAGACACUUAAAAUGCAGUGACUGUGAACACCUGCAAGAUGAAGAAAGUGUUCACCGCAGAGCAAAUUUCGGAUUGGUUCAUCUCGGGGACGACGUUUGCUAACGUUAAACUCACAGAAGAAGCGGCGGAGAGAAAAUUGGACGAAGCGUCGUCGAAGGAAACCAGCCCACCAAAGGUUCCUGAUGAAGGCGGCCUGAAAAAAGUGAAAGCUGAUGGAGGGUGGCUCCAAAAACCAGAACCUGCGGAGAGUAUUGCCCCUCCUCCACUUGCCAGCUAUGAGUACCCCAACUUGCCCAUAACCAAAAACAGAAAGGAGCUGAUUUCUCUUAUAGAAAACAACUCUGUAGUGAUUAUUCGAGGAGCCACAGGCAGUGGCAAGACCACGCAGCUGCCACAGUACAUUCUGGACCACUACAAUGAGAAAAACGCCUUAUGCAACAUUGUGGUCACCCAACCACGCAAACUUGGGGCCACCAGUAUUGCCCGAUGGGUUGCCAGACAGCGGAAGUGUACCCUGGGUAGUCUGGUGGGAUAUCAGGUUGGACUGGAGAAGAUGGCAACUGAGCACACCCGGCUGAUUUACAUGACUACAGGAGUGCUGCUGCAAAAACUGGUUUCAUCCAAGUGCCUCACAGAGUACUCCCACAUUUUCGUAGAUGAGGUUCAUGAGCGCACUGAGGAGAUGGACUUUCUCCUGCUGGUUUUGAGAAAACUUCUUCAUUCCAACUCUCCUUAUGUGAAGAUCAUCCUUAUGUCAGCCACCAUUAACUGCAGACAGUUUGCUGAGUACUUCGGCACCCAAAUUCGGGGCAAGAUGAACCCAGCCUAUGUGUUUGAAGUGGAGGGGGAGCCCUAUGCCAUUGAGGAGUUUUAUCUGGAUGACCUCCACAGACUGUUUCCAUGCAGGGUUGAGUUGCCUCAUAUAGAUGACCCUCACAUCACAGUGGAGAUGUACAAUCUUGCCAUCAGUCUCAUCCAGAGCUUUGAUGAGAUGGAGGGCAAAGAUUCCAGGAGCAGAAUAGCAGAGACAGGAGGUGGCAGGACUUCGUCAGAGCGGGGCAGUGUGCUCGUCUUCCUUCCUGGUAUACACGAGAUAAGAUACAUGCAGGAGGCCUUGGCCAAGCUGUUCCACAAAAGACUGCAGGUUUAUCCUCUCCACUCCACUGUUACUCUGGAGGAGCAGAACGGUGUGUUUCUGUUACCUGUCCCUGGAUACAGGAAGGUCAUCCUUUCCACCAACAUUGCUGAGAGUUCGGUGACUGUUCCAGACGUCAAAUAUGUGAUUGACUUCUGUCUGGCCCGUCACAUGGUCUGUGACCAAGAUACCAACUAUCAGUCUCUGCGUCUCACCUGGGCAUCCAAAACCAACUGCAACCAGCGUCGAGGUAGGGCAGGUCGAGUGUCAAAGGGCUACUGUUACCGUCUUGUUACCAAAGACUUCUGGAGGAAAGAAAUCCCAGAGUACAUGAUCCCUGAGAUGCUGCUUGCCCCGCUGGCCACCAUCAUGUUGAAGGUGAAGUUGUUGGACAUGGGAGAUCCCCGCUCCAUCCUUUCCACAGCCCUCUCACCCCCAAACCUCGGUGACAUAGUGAGGACAGUGCUUCAACUCAAAGAGAUGGGUGCGCUAUCUGCGAAAAGUGAUGGCAGGGGUCAAAAUGAGGAUGGCGAGCUAACGUUCCUGGGCCGAGUGCUGGCCCACUUACCCGUGGACCUAUACCUGGGGAAGAUGGUUGUCUUGGGACACAUCUUUGGCUGCCUGGAUGAGUGCCUCAUCAUAGCUGCUUCGCACUCUCUGAAGAGUUUCUUCGCCAUACCAACCAUGCAGCAACUUGCAGGCCACAGGAGCAAGUUGGCCUUUGCUCGUGGCACACCAAGUGAUUCCAUAGCUUUUGUCAAUGCCUACAAGGCAUGGCACUCGUCCAAAAAGAAAGGACAACUGAGACACCCAAAGGAUGAGUCUGACUGGGGAAAAGAGAACUUCAUUCAGAUCAAGAGGAUCAGGGAGGUUGCAGAGCUGUACGAGGACCUGAAGAAGCGCGUGUCUCAGUUCAACAUGCAUGUGCCGGAGAACCCACAACCCUCGGAUUACACCAGCACACACAGGCAGAAGUUCAUUCUGCAGGUGGUCAUUGCUGGUGCCUACUACCCCAACUACUUUGUCCAGGGAGAUAUAGAUGAAGACUUGGCCUCCAGAGAGUUGAGUGGCUUCAACCCCAGAACAACAGUGAUGGUGAGGAACCUCCCUCCAUACAGUUUCCUGUAUUACAAGCAGUUACAGUCUCUGUUUCGACUGUGUGGACAGGUCAAAGCCAUUUCCUUUGAGAGCUCCAGAGCAUAUGUGGAGUUCUACAGGACAUCACAAGACUCCGGGGUGCUGCCCGAGGUCUCUCUUGCCCUCCUGCUGUCACACCAGAGUCCUCCCAUGGAGAUGUCUGUCUACCCCAUUGAACAAAUAGAACUCCAUGCUGGGAACAGAAAAAUAACUCACAUGAAAUAUUCACGUGUGAAUGUGGACUUCCAGAGCCAGUCUGUCUGCCCAGUGGGAGUCGUGAGCAGCACCAUUGACCCAGACAAGCUACCUUCCAACCGCUUAUUUGUGGUCAACGUCACCGAGGUGGUGGACGUGGGUAAUUUCUGGGGCUUUCAGGCAGAUGAAGCCAGCUUGGAGAAGCAGCGCCAUCUGACAGCAGAGAUAAACAAACGUGUGCUGGAUCCUGUAACUGUGUCGUUGUAUCCCAACCUGCUGUGUCUGGCUCCUUACUCUGAGAUCAAUGACCAGACUAUGUACUACCGCGCCAAGAUCCUGCACAUGCGUGGCAACACAGUGGAGGUGUUCUUCUUGGACUUUGGCAACACAGCGGUUGUUGGCUGCAAAAGCCUCCGAGAGCUGCCCUCUGACCUCCUGUCUCACCCGUUCCAGGCUCAGGAGUUCCAAGUUACAGGAAUGCGUUCUUCACCCCAGUCCAUCAUCCUUGGGAACCAGUGGAGCAGCCGAGCCCGCGACCGUUUCAUCACACUGGUGAAGGGCCAUUCACUCAUUGUGUCGCUGUACUCCAUCCUGCAUGGUGUCAUGCGUGUGCAGCUGCUCAUCAACACAGAGACAACAAACACCAGCGUGGUGGACAUGUUGGUGGAAGAAGGACAUGCUGUGAAGGCCGAAGAGAGUUUUGAUUCCAAGCAAAGCCAUGAGGCACUGAUGACGCUGUACAAGGACAUGGAAGCAGGUACAUAUGUCCCGAACACUGCCAGCAGCUCCUGGAAAGAUCGCAAGAAAGAAGAGAAGCAGCUCAUUGACAACCUGCUCGCCCACUUUUCCAAAAGCAGCCAGUCCCUUUCCAAGACAAAGGUUCACCUGCAUGGACCACACAGUCCUAAUAAGAUAAACUUCCACAGCUUGAACCACAAAACCCACUACAAGACAGUGUGUAUCGAGAGGAGCAGCAUCAACUCCCUGGCUGUGAAUGAAAACCCUCACUACAAACAUCAGAGGAUGCUGGUGGCUGGGACCGUGUCCGUCAACUCCACAGGGACACGGAUUCUACUGAGAGAUACCUCAAUCAUGCCAGACAUCCCUGGACUGCCGUCACUUAUCACCAUGCUCUUCACCCCCAUCAUGGAACUACGCACUAACGAAGAGAGGACCUGCUACACCGGUGCCCUUUGUGGUUUGGGCUGGAACAGUCAAACCCAGGAGGGCAUCUUACCUGAACAUGACAUCGAACUUGCCUUUGACGUCAAAUUUGAUGUUGAAGACAUCACUGAGAUAAAUGCUUUACGAGUUGCUGUAAACCGUCUGGUGUGUGAAGGGCAAGGUGGAACUUGGCAUCUAAAUUCUGACAGGAUCAGCCACCUGCAGGAGGACUGUCAGGACCGCCUCAUAAGACUGUUCACCAAGUCCCCGCCAAGGGAAGCUGUCACUCCCGUGUACUACGAGAAACUCGAGAAAUGGAACCAGGUGGAUCCUGCUGUGAAGAUGGAUAUUGUUGAGCCUGGAGGCGGAAAGAGCAGAGGUGUUCUCUUCCAGCUGCACCCUGUCACUCUCCUCAACAGCUAAAAAAGCCACUGCACUUGUUGCAUUUGUGUUGAAAUUUAAUUGAUUGUAAUGUUGUACUAUGAGCAGCUGCCUGGAAUUUUAAUUUGAAUAUGGUAAGAGGAAUAUAUUUUUUAACUUCAGUUCAGACUGUAGCUUUCAGCAGCACAGCUAAAUCCUCAGUCCUUUAUUUGUUGUUUGCAGCUAUCACUGGAGUAGUUGUUCCCUGUUUAAAAAAAUAAGUGGCUGUAAAAGUUCAUCCUGUAGCAGUGGGCCAUUAAAAAUAGUUGUUUGCAACA